AUGGGUUCUUUCAAACAUCUCCAGAUACUCGGGAAUGAGGAAAUUAAUGGGAAAAUUUCUGACGUUCUAAAAGGAUUGGAGCCCUGGCUACAGGGAAAUGCGAAAGCUGCGGACGCCGAUGAGAAUGGCAUUAUCCAGAUUUGGACAAGUCAGAUUGAUCAAGCUACAUUGGCGAUUCGCCGAUUGAUAUACGAGGGAUGUGCUCAGUAUGCCCUGAUAAAAACCACUCGACCAGCUGAAACGCCCCAGAAUCUUCCAUUCGCGAUUUACACUGCUCUUCAAGUUGAAGAAGCCCCAAAAAUAGGCACUGUGGUGCUGAAACCUGCACAAUCUAUUUGGAUUGAGCAACCGGCUCGCCUUGGUGGAGGCAUGACCUUUUUAAUUGUCCAGCCAAUUUACGCGACCCGACUACUCCUUCAAUGCGAAGGCUCUAAACAAGACAAAGAACUGGAAUCUGGGAAAACAUCUCAUGAUCUGGCCUGGUACCGGAGUAUUAUUCGAGGCAAUAGACUCGACUAUGUGUGUCCGUCUUGCAAAAAAGGAUACCAAGACCGGGCCAACCUGCUCGAACAUUUCAACAAAAGGACCAGCUCGGAAAUCAGUAACCAACAGCACCAGAAACUGGGCAUGAUUCGGCGACUUGGAGGGGACUGGAAGGUUUUCGUCCAGGGAAUGCAGGAGUGUCUGGGACCGAUUUCCGCCCAAAGUCUUCGAGAUGGCGCGGGUUGUUUUCAAGAAGAUUUCUUGAGGCAGUUGAGCUACAAAGCUCAUUGCUCUGCGCAGGCAUGUGAGAAACGCGGCAGACAACGAACAGCGGCCAUUCGAGAACUGUUCAGGGUUGUUAUCGGGACAAUCAAGGACACUCGCGGAGCCAGUGAGCUGUCAAGCAUCCACCAUCCGAACUCGGUGUUCAUGAUGGGCGUCAGAUGUGAUGAUUUUUGA